UAGAGAAUAAUUAAAUGAGCUUUAUAAGGUUUGACGUUUUUUGUUUAACUUAAGAUUAGAAAUCUUUAGUAUAUAAAGGUUAAUGUCAAGGUAGGAAAAAAUUAAACUGAAUUUGUGACUGUAGCAGGGAUAUAGAUUGGAGAAAUGUGGGUAAAAUUGGUUUUAGUUCUAGUUGCUACCCAACUGUCCUCUGAGAUUGUAUCAGCUACUACAUCCAGAGUGGUGUGUUAUCAUGGAACAUGGGCUCGUUAUAGAAACGGAAAAGGGGCUUACCAACUUACGGACAUACCUACUUCAUUAUGUACCCAUUUAAUCUACAGUUUUAUCGGAUUAUCUGCGUCUGGAGAAAUGGUUUCCUUAGACUCUUAUUUGGACAAUGAUUUAAAUAAUCUAAAUAAAUUUACUGGCUUGAAAUCAUCAAACUCAAAUUUAAAGACUCUCGUUGCCAUCGGAGGCUGGAACGAAGGUUCUGUUAAAUUCUCAACUCUUGCUGCAUCAGCAUCUCUUAGAAGUACAUUUAUACAAAAUGCUUUGCAAUAUUGUCAAAAUCAUAAUUUUGAUGGACUUGAUUUCGAUUGGGAAUAUCCAGCUCAACGUGGUGGAGCCGCAGCUGACAAGGAAAACUUCAUAACUCUACUAAAAGAAACCAAAGCAGUUUUUGAAGCAAAUGGUCUAUUAGUAUCAGUUGCUGUUGCCGCUGGUUCUGCAUCUGUGGCACUAUCGUACGAUGUUGCUCGUAUAUCCCAAUAUGUCGACAUGAUUAACGUAAUGACAUACGAUUUACACGGUUCUUGGGAUGGAGUAUUGGGACAUAAUGCACCCUUGUAUGCAUCAUCCGUUGACACCACUGCGGCGAGCAAACAACUCAACGUUGAUGCUGCUAUUUCAAACUGGAUUGCUCAAGGCGCUGAUCCCCAAAAAAUCAACCUUGGUGUACCUUUGUAUGGAAGAACUUUCACAAUCACCAGUAGCACCAACGUCGCUGUAGGAGCAGUUUCUAGCGGAGCAGGUAUUUCAGGUCCCUACACAUUGGAAGCUGGAUAUUUAGGAUAUAAUGAAAUUGUUGAAAAAGAAUUACAAGGAGGAUGGACCUAUGUCUGGGACAAUGAACAGCAAGUUCCCCAUAUGUACAAAGGAGACCAAUGGGUAGGAUUUGAUGAUCCAAAAGCCGUACAAGUUAAAACCAAAUAUGCACAAGAUAAAGGACUUGGUGGUGUUAUGGCUUGGGCUAUCGAAACAGAUGAUUUCCAAGGAUUAUCUGGAGUUAAAAAUCCACUCUUAAGAGCUAUUAAUGAACAAUUGGCAACAUCUUCAAACGCUGCUGCUGAAACAAAUGAAAGUGCAGCUGCAGCUGCGGAAUCCUCAGCUUCCGCUGCAGAAUCUUCGGCUUCAGCUGCAGAAUCAUCAGCUUCCGCUGCAGAGUCGUCAGCUUCGGCUGCAGAAUCCUCAGCUUCUAACACAAACAGUGAGGCUGCUUCAAAUACCUCAAACAAUGAAGCCGCGUCAAAUUCAAAAGUUCAGAACAGUGUGUGCUCUAAGGCUGGAUAUGUUAGGGAUCCCAGCGAUUGCUCCAAAUUCUACUAUUGCGCUGCUAAUACCAGUGGUGUUUUAGUUGGUGUUCAAAUGUCAUGUUACGGUGGUCUUUAUUUUGAUACUAACAGUAACGUAUGUAACUGGAAGGCGUUAGUUACUAACUGUAACUAAUAGAAGAAAUCAUUGUACUUUUAAAGUUUUCCUUUGUUGGACAGAUGGUGAUAGUAAAACACUUAAAAACUUUAUGCAAAAUAUAUUUUUGUGAACUUUUAUAAUGUACGUUAAAAAAUAUAGAAAUUAAACGCUA